AGGAAGAAGUCCUCACACCUGAGAACCUCCAACUCCUCUCAAGUCCUCAACACUACUCCAGCCCACACUCCACCAUGACCGGCUCCUGCUGUGGCUCCUUCUCCUCCCAGAGCUGUGGAGGCUACUGCCAGCCCUGCUGCAGCCGCGACCCCUGCUGCUGCCGCCCCGUGUCCUGCCAGACCACCGUGUGCCGCCCCGUGACCUGUGUGCCCCGCUACACGCGCCCCAUCUGUGAGCCCACCGGCCGCCCCAUCUGCUGCGACCCCUGUGGCCUGCAGGAAGGCUGCUGCCGCCCCAUCACCUGCUGCCCAACGUCCUGCACGGCCGUGGUCUGCAGACCCUGCUGCUGGGCCUCCACCAGCUGCCAGCCCAUCAGUGUGCAGGCGCCCUGCUGCCGCCCCCACUGCUGCCAGCCUGCGCCCUGCCGCACCACCUGCAGGACCUCCUGCUGCAACCCCUGCUGCUGAGAGCCUAUUAUAACUAAGGGAGCCUCGGGAGAUGAGUGGGUCUAUCCUAUAGCCCUUUGGGGCAUCGUGAGAGACCACUCUGCAUUUUCCUGAGAAGCCCAUCCCUCCUCUUUUCCUACUAGCUCUGGCUAUGUCCGGAAGACACUUCUCAGACCAAUUACUGAUGAAGACUCCUCUGUCCUCUUUGGACCCUCACCUAACUCCUAUAUCACGUUGUCUGUUUCUAAUAAACUGAAUACUUUCAGCAUAGAAUCAUGGUCUUUGUAAUACUUCCUUCUGCUAGAUUGUCAUCAUCCAGAGAUUUUCAAGGCACGAUGCAGAAUAAUUUUCUUAAUUUGUUUUCUGAAACAAUCUAAGUAGUUUUUUGUUUGUUUGUUUGUUUGUUUCAUAAUUAUGGUACAUGGCAAGUACAGAGCAUUGUAGCUGACGAGGAAGUUGGAAGUCAGUAUUCUAGGAUCAGCCACCUGAGAAUUGUCCUCCAUUGGAGGACAUUAGGAGGCCAAAUCUGGGUUGACGCUUAAUUUCUGGCCUGAGGGUUUGUUUACUGAACUGAUCCCUGUUGGUACACCACAAAGGCCUGGUAGCUUGAGAAGGAAGGAAUCUUGACAUUCUUUUUCCUUUGUGCCCAAGUGUAAAUGCUAUCCUGGAUAAAGAAUCUCCUUUUUUGUGUUUGAGAUUUGAGAAUGUUAUUGACAACACCGACUCUUGUGAAUACUAUAUCUGCACUUGCUGUCUGGGGCUAUUUGCCUUUAUGUUCAGAAAUUCCACAUUAGUGGUAUUUUCCAAGAAAAUGAAUCAAGGAUGUCAAUCUACACAUGUUUAUUGAAUAUCUAUUAUGAAUGUGGCAUUAAGUUCACCACCCUGAGAGGACACAAAGGAAUAAAAUGGUGUCCCAGCUUCAAAGAUGUUAUAGUCUAUUUGGAAAGAUGAGAUAUAAAUAAGAAAAAUGACAAAUAAUGUAUAAUAUAAGCAAUUAA